UGGCUUAUCACUAAUUCACCAGAUCGUGCAAAGAGGUCCAGCGCUCUUCUUUUACUACUUAAGCAGUGGGAACCCCUCGUCGUUGACAAGGUGCGUGUGCCUAGGGAUAUACCUGUGUAGCCUACUUUACGUUGAAGUUGCAGCAAUACACCCUCUGGAGUGACCAGCCAUGUUACGAUUCGCGAAGCAUGUCCGGGAGAGCACCAAGCUCAGGCCUGUGCAGGAUAAUGUUGAGGCCUCGCGGUGGGUCAACGAAGAUCUGCUGCCCACACCUCUUGAGAAGCAGACGUGGCACUGGUGGAAUUAUGCGACCUUCUACUGGUCAAUCUCAUUCACGAACUGGACCCUGGGAUCAACAAUGGUCGGGAUCGGACUCAACUGGUGGGCUUCGAUCCUGGUGAUCUUCAUCUCACAAUCUAUUUCGUCAAUCGCCAUGGCGUUCAAUUCCCGGGCGGCCAGUGUUUAUCACAUUGGCUUCCCUUGUGUCGCACGCAGCGUCUUUGGCAUGUGGGGAAGUUACUAUUUCGUCGGUGCCAGAGCAGUCAUGGCCGUCAUUUGGUACGCGGUCCAGCUGUAUUCCGGGGCGCAGUACAUGUCCAACAUAUUGCGCUCAAUCUUUGGAUAUCACUACACAGGUAUCGGCAACCGGCUCCCAGAGAGUAUCGGUAUCAGCACGUCCUUGAUGAUCGCAUUUCUUCUCUGCUGGUUAAUUCAUUUGCCAUUCUGCUACUUCCGGCCAUACCAGCUGCGGAAGUUCUUCUGGUUUAAAACGGCCGUCUCAUUGCCAUCGAUGUUUGGCUUGUUCAUUUGGGCCAUGGUGGAUACCAAUGGUCGCAUAGGGAGUCUGUACUCUUCGUCAUCACAGUCAACCAGUGCGACAGCGUGGCUGAUCCUCGCUGGCAUCAAUAGCGGUCUGGGGAACACUGCAACUCUGAUCACGAACCAACCUGACUUUGCUCGUUGGGCUCGCAGCCGCAAUGCCCCUGUUUGGACGCAACUUGCUGUGAACCCAAUUGCAGUAACGUUGUCUGCUAGUCUGGGAAUUCUGUCCACGAGCGCCGUCAAUGUCAAAUACGGCACCGACAUUUGGAAUCAAUGGGACAUGCUCAGCCUCAUUCUUGACACGUACUGGUCACCGAAGACCCGAUUCGCCGUAUUUCUUUGCGCAUUUGCCUGGCUGGUGCAGAUCUUAGGAACCAACAUUGCCGCGAAUAUGAUCUCGUUCGGAUCGGACGCGGCCAUGCUCUUCCCUUCGUACAUCAACAUGCGCCGGGGUCAGUUCCUCGCCCAGUUGCUCGCUUGGGCAGUGUGUCCCUGGAAGAUCCUUGCGUCUGCGGCCAAGUUUCAGACCUUCCUUGGCGGGUACGGUAUUUUUAUGGCCAGUGUUGUUGCUAUCAUGCUGUCCGACUACUUUCUCUUAACGAAGGGGAACGUUUUCGUCGCCUCGUUAUAUACUGGCAACCAAGCAAAUGAGAACUAUUACUACCAUCGUGGAUGGAAUCUGCAAGCCGUGGCAGCCUACAUCGUCGGCAUUGCCCUCCCCUUUCCGGGGUUUUGUGGUCAGCUUGGCGCUACAGUAUCUACAGCUGCUGCACACAUGAUGAACCUUGCCUGGAUUCUUUCAUUUAUGACAUCCUUCGUGUUGUAUAUCGUGAUUUGCUCCAUCUGGCCGACGCGGAAUAUGCGCUACGUGAAAGAGAAGGAAUAUUCCUUUGAACAGGUCGCGCCCGGAGAAGCAUAUCAUGACUCUGAGACCCCCAGAGAUGAAGAGAUUGUGUGUGAGGAAGUAACUAUGAGCAAGGGGCUGCCUAACAACACGCAGUUGUGAAUAUCCUGGGUGUAUUUGGCCAUGAGACAUUUUGUACAAUUGAAGUACACGUAAUCAAUCUCUUGGUACUCAUUCAAUGAGGCGUAUUUUACAAAUAUUCGUGUUUUGACUCUUUGAGAAUCAUUCAAAGGCAUAUUGGGAGAUAGAACACGCCGGGAAUAUGUAAAACAACUAGAGAUGCUAUCGCAAAGAGGAAUUACACACAUCUACAUACUGUGGCUCUGGAUAUUGC